ACCACGUGGGCGGGCGGACGGCGCUGUCCUUCGGCGGGCCCAUGGUCAUCCGAGCGGGCGAGAUGCCGCCGGCCGCCGUGCCGGCCGCGCAGGGCGCCGAGCAGCAGCAGCCGGCACCCCGCGACAGCCGGCCCGCCGAGACGCAGCAGCGCCCCGAGCACCCGUCUGGCGUGGCACUGAUGAAUGGCAGCGGCCCGCAUGACAGCCUCAAGGGCGACAAGGAUGCCAAGCAGAAUGGCCACGAGGAGGCUGAGCCGGGAGAAGAUGGGAACGACCAGGAGGUCAUCGUCAUACAGGACACGGGAUUCACUGUCAAGAUCUGUGCACCAGGGAUAGAGCCCUUUUCCCUGCAGGUUUCUCCUCAAGAGAUGGUGCAAGAAAUCCAUCAAGUUUUGAUGGACCGGGAGGAUACCUGCCAUCGGACCUGCUUCUCCCUGCAGCUGGAUGGCAACGUCCUGGAUAACUUUGCUGAGCUGAAGACGAUUGAAGGACUGCAGGAGGGCUCACUGCUGAAAGUGGUGGAAGAGCCAUACACGGUGCGAGAAGCCAGGAUACACGUGCGCCACAUUCGGGACCUUCUGAAGAGUCUUGACCCAUCAGAUGCUUUCAAUGGUGUGGACUGUAACUCAUUGUCCUUCCUGAGUGUCUUCACUGAAGGAGACCUGGGAGACAGUGGAAAAAGGAAGAAGAAAGGUACCGAAAUGGAACAAAUUGACUGCACCCCUCCUGAACAUAUCCUGCCAGGUAGCAAAGAGAGGCCCCUGUGUGCCCUUCAGCCCCAGAACAGAGACUGGAAGCCUUUGCAGUGCCUAAAGGUACUGACGAUGAGUGGCUGGAACCCUCCGCCCGGGAACCGCAAGAUGCACGGGGACCUCAUGUACCUGUACGUGAUCACGGUGGAGGAUCGGCACGUCAGCAUCACUGCCUCCACGCGGGGAUUCUACUUGAAUCAGUCUACUGCAUACAACUUCAAUCCCAAACCUGCAAACCCUAGUUUUCUCAGUCAUUCCUUGGUGGAACUACUUAACCAGAUCAGCCCUACCUUCAAAAAAAACUUCUCUGCUCUGCAGAAGAAACGGGUUCAGAGACACCCCUUUGAGAGGAUAGCCACUCCUUUCCAAGUGUACAGCUGGACGGCCCCGCAGGCAGAGCACGCCAUGGACUGUGUCCGGGCAGAGGACGCCUACACCUCCAGGCUGGGCUACGAGGAGCACAUACCUGGACAGACCAGAGACUGGAAUGAGGAGCUGCAGACCACACGGGAGCUGCCACGCAAGAACCUGCCUGAGAGGCUGCUGAGAGAACGAGCCAUUUUCAAGGUUCACAGUGACUUCACUGCAGCAGCAACACGAGGUGCUAUGGCUGUCAUUGAUGGCAAUGUCAUGGCCAUCAACCCCAGCGAGGAGACCAAGAUGCAGAUGUUCAUCUGGAACAACAUUUUCUUCAGCCUGGGCUUUGACGUCCGUGACCACUACAAGGACUUUGGUGGAGACGUUGCUGCUUACGUGGCUCCCACCAAUGAUCUCAACGGUGUGCGGACCUACAACGCUGUGGAUGUGGAAGGGCUGUACACGCUGGGGACUGUCGUGGUGGAUUACAGAGGUUACAGGGUGACGGCUCAGUCUAUUAUCCCUGGCAUCUUGGAGCGGGAGCAGGAACAGAGUGUCAUCUAUGGGUCAAUAGACUUCGGCAAGACAGUUGUGUCACACCCCAAGUACCUGGAGCUGCUGGAGAAGACCAGCAGGCCGCUGAAGAUCCAGAAGCACAAAGUUCUCAACGACAAGAAUGAGGAGGUGGAGCUGUGCUCCUCAGUAGAGUGCAAAGGCAUUAUUGGCAACGAUGGGCGUCACUACAUCCUGGACCUGCUACGCACUUUCCCUCCAGAUCUAAACUUCCUGCCUGUUGAAGGGGAGGAGAUGCCAGAGGAAUGUAAGAAAAUGGGGUUCCCCAAGCAGCACAGACACAAGCUUUGCUGUCUUCGUCAAGAGCUUGUUGAUGCCUUUGUAGAACACAGGUAUCUCUUAUUCAUGAAGCUGGCUGCACUGCAGCUGAUGCAGCAGAAAGCCAACAAGCAGGAGAGCUCAGCUGCGCUGGAAAAUGGAGCCUCUGCAGAGAAUGGCGCUGCAGACAGCGAGAGGCCCGAGUCAGAGGAUGGGAAAAUGGAGGACAGCGUGACUGGGCUGGAUCAGGUGAAGGAGCUGGCGGAGACCAUCGCGUCCGACGAUGGAACAGUGGAUCCCAAAAGCAGAGAAGUGAUUCGGAAUGCUUGCAAGGCUGUAGGCUCCAUUAGUGACACAUCAUUUGAUAUUCGGUUUAACCCAGAUAUUUUCUCACCAGGUGUUCGCUUCCCGGAGUCGAGCAGAGAGGAGGUGCAGGAUCAGAAGCAGCUGCUGAAGGACGCCGCUGCGUUCCUGCUGUCCUGCCAGAUCCCAGGCUUGGUGAAGGACUGCCUGGAUCACACGGUGCUCCCCAUGGAUGGGGCCACCUUGGCUGAGGCCAUGCACCAGAGGGGCAUCAACAUGCGUUACCUGGGCAAGGUGAUCAACUUCAUCACCAAGACCCCUGGCCAUGCACAGCUGGAUCACAUCUUUAAAAUUGGAAUCAGCGAAUUGAUCACUCGAUCAGCCAAACACAUCUUCAAGACGUACCUCCAGGGUGUGGAGCUGUCAGGUUUAUCUGCUGCCAUCAGUCACUUCCUGAAUUGUUUUCUGAGCUCCUUCCCAAAUCCCAUUGCCCAUCUUCCAGCUGAUGAGCUGGUCUCCAAGAAGAGGAACAAGAAACGGAAAAACAGGAACCUUGGCAAUGCUGACAACACUGCCUGGGCAAGCAUGACCCCUCAGGAGCUAUGGAAGAAUAUUUGUUCAGAAGCAAAGAACUAUUUUGAUUUCAGUCUUGAAUGUGAGAAUGCUGACCAGGCAGCUGAAGUGUAUAAUCUACAGAAAAUCACCCUGCUCCGUGAAAUCUCCCUCAAAACUGGAGUCCAGAUCCUGCUGAAGGAGUACAACUUCGACAACAGGCACAAGCCCACUUUCACAGAAGAGGAUAUUCUUAACAUCUUCCCUGUAGUGAAGCAUGUAAACCCCAAAGCCUCCGAUGCUUUCCACUUCUUCCAGAGCGGGCAAGCAAAAGUUCAGCAAGGUUUCUUGAAGGAGGGCUGUGAGCUCAUCAAUGAAGCCUUAAACCUGUUCAACAAUGUGUAUGGUGCUAUGCAUGUAGAAAUCUGUGCCUGCCUGAGGCUGCUAGCUCGGCUCAACUAUAUCAUGGGAGAUUACUCAGAGGCCUUAAGCAAUCAGCAGAAAGCGGUGCUAAUGAGCGAGAGGGUCCUGGGCAUCGAACACCCCAACACCAUCCAAGAAUAUAUGCACCUGGCUCUGUACUGCUUUGCAAACAGCCAACUCUCCACAGCACUGAACCUGCUGUACCGUGCACGCUACCUCAUGCUGUUGGUAUUUGGGGAGGAUCACCCAGAAAUGGCACUCUUAGAUAACAACAUUGGCCUGGUGCUCCAUGGGGUCAUGGAGUAUGACCUGUCCCUGCGGUUCCUGGAGAACGCCUUGGCCAUCAGCUCCAAGUACCACGGCUCCAAGUCUCUGAAGGUUGCGCUGAGCCACCACCUGGUUGCCCGAGUGUACGAGAGCAAAGCAGAGUUCCGGUCGGCUCUGCAGCAUGAGAAGGAAGGCUACACCAUCUACAAGAAUCAGCUCGGUGAACACCAUGAAAAGACCAAAGAGAGCUCUGAGUACUUGAAAUACCUGACACAGCAAGCGGUGGCUCUGCAGCGCACAAUGAACGAGAUCUACAAGAACGGCUCCAAUGCCAACAUCAUGCCCCUGAAGUUCACAGCUCCCAGUAUGGCCAGUGUCCUGGAGCAGCUGAACAUUAUCAAUGGAAUUCUCUUCAUUCCACUAAGCCAAAAAGACUUGGAGAACCUUAAAGCCGAGGUGCAGCGACGCCAGCAGCUCCAGGAAAGCAUGAAAAGUGGGGAACAGCUGGAAGCAGAGGACAAAGCUGUGGAGGAGAAAGAGGCUGAGCCGAGCAUGCCUUCUGCUGCCAUCCCCUUAACACAGAGCUCUGCUUAACGUGUACCUCGCUUUAAAAAAAAAAAAAGUUUAAACCACCCUUUUCUGAAUCUGGCCCAGGGCCUUAGCUGCCCUCGGAGCAGCUCCUCCUUUUUGACAAUGUUAUUGCACUGGUACAAUUAAUACACAAUGCAAAGAACUAAUCUGAGCAAUGUAAUCUGUGUGCCCAAGGCUGUGUCUGCCACGCGAGGGGAAGUGGCCGGAGGCAGCACAGACCCGUCCUGGCGCGCGGGGCCCUCCUGCCGUGUGUGUGUCCGUGUCGUGUGUGUGCGCAGCAGUUAUUUCUACUUUGUACAUAUGAAUUCCAAAUGAACUGUCUGGAGGAAUGUAACAUUUCUCAGGUCAUUUUUAUGUUGACUAAGGACACUGCUUUGCUAAACCAGUAAAGAACCAGCCCCAUCACUGCUCCACGUUCUUGUAAAACGUGGAUUCCAAGCCAAAAGAUUGAUUUCCCCCCAGUCACUAUUCAAGCUUGGGCUGAGAACAGCCAUAUUUGAACAGUCACUGAGAUGACUGAAGCCUGUGACAUGUGGAAGUGGGGGAUGUACAGCAUUUUCUACAUCAGGAUAUAGCCAUGGGAUCCCUUUAACCAUUUUUUUCUAUGUUUGGUUGACAGUUUGGCAAUUCAGUGGGGUUUUGUAACAUUCACAUUCUAAUUUUCAAGGUAAAGAUAUAGAUAGAUAUAUAUAUAUAGAUAUAUAUAUAUAUAGAUAUAUAUUAUAUUCACCGUUCCACCUCUGCCUCUGCUUGCAGCUGAGUAACUUGGGAUACUGUAUCCAAAGAGUGAGGGCUUGAUCUUUAAAAAAGCGCACAAACUUCCAUUGCAGUGGAAACCCCAGUGCCUCGGUGAGGUGGGAAUGCAGCAAAUGAGGGCUGAGCUAAGGGGAGUGAGGAGGCUGUCACAGCCCUAUUUAAGGGCAGGGGAGAGGGCAGGAAAAUUCAGAAACAGAGACCUGGUAUCAUUUGCAACAGGAGCUGUUGACACAGAGCUGAGGGCCCUGAACCUGACAGAAUCACAACCAGAAAGUACCAGGUUUUGGGGAAGGGGUUUAAAUAAAAACUGAAGUUCCCCCAGCACUGAAACCUCUGGCAAAUACCUUUGCCUCUGGCAUUUUUGCUCACUGGUUUUGGGACUGGCACAGGGAGCUGCCAUUGCUGGCAAUGGACGGCACUGAAUGGCAAGUGCCACUAAAGAACUCCUCCUGUCCCCUCCCCUCCCACACACAUCCUGUGGGGUUGUCACUGUCCUCCAGCAGGUAAGAUGUGGCUGCUGCAAGCCCUGGGAUGCCGACAGAGUUGAAUGUCCCGUUUUCCAAGCAGAUCAAGCUGUAGAAGAAGGUUGGGCUGGCCGCAGCUGGUGCCCAGCCUCUCCCUGCCUCGCAUUGUCUGUCCUGGAUCGCGCCCCGUGCUAAUCCGUGCUGCUGCUCUUACUGACCUUGGAGCCAAGUGCUGUCCCUGUGCUCUGUACCCUCGGUUUCCUGUCUGACCCUGCAGGUAUCUGUAACUCGGGGCUGGGCGGGGGGGAAAGGAGGGAGCAGCCUCUGAGGUGCUGGAGACAUCAAAGCAGAGUCUUCACUGCAAAUGAACUUGCUCCUAUUAGAAAAAUUCUGAAUUUCCUGGAAAGCAAUCAAUAAAUGACUACAGUGCAUCUUUCCUACAAGAUUUUUCUUUUACUAGUGUCUUACAGUCCAUUAAAAGCUUUUUAAACUCCUGGAGGUA